GUAUUUUAAAACUACCAGGUAAAAUCCACCUCGCAGCGACAGAGACGGACGCAUUUUGUCAGAAGUCAUUGGCUAAUAAGAAAUGGCACUAAGAGGAUGUCUUCAGCGGAGAACACUACUGAUUCUGGCUGUAGGGCUGACAUUUCACCAAACAUGCCUGAGGACACUAUGGAUACAUGCCCAGAUUACUAAUCAAGUCUUCACGUCCACGGCGAACUCUUACCUCCCACAUUCCGUUAUGAAGACGGUCACGGCACGGAGUCCGUUGGAGUGUGUUACGCUCUGUAAAACCACCCCGGGAUGCCUUUCUUGCAAUUUCUACGCCGGAAAGUCAGGUAACUGCGAGCUUAAUUCCCGUUUCCAACACAGUAACGCAAAUAUACAGCUGCAAGAGAUGGAGAAUGUAAAGUUCUAUGGGAUAUAUGCACCUCCUGAUUGCAAUGCAUUCGAAGACAAUGGGCUGUUCACCGUGGAUAUCGCGGGAUUUGGCGAGAAAGUCGUAUACUGUGAUGGUGGUUGGGUCGUUGUUAUGAGGAGAUAUGACAACUCGUUUGAUUUUCACCGAAACUGGGCCUCGUACAGGGACGGAUUCGGUGACCCAAAUGGCCAGUUUUGGAUGGGGAACGAUGCUCUCUAUGCGUUGACCAAUCAAGGAGACUAUUCCAUGCAGAUUGACAUGAAGUCCUGCAAUGGCAACUAUUACUACGUGAAGUGGAGAGUGUUCCGUAUUGACAACGAGGCUGCAAAUUACGUCAUAACUGAUAUUAUUGUUGACUCUUACAAUACUUCGACGAAUUACAGGUUGGAGGAGGUUCUAGGAUGGAGAUUUGGAACGACUGAUAAUCCAGUACUCACUUGUGCUCAAAACCAUGGUGGCGGGUGGUGGUUUAAAGAUUGCACUCGCUGGAACCUCAACGGGUAUAUGUCUUGCAAUCAUAAUGGUUUAGGAAUGAAGUUCGCUGCUAUAACUGGAGUGAACUGCGACCUUGGCUGUAUGCUCGAGGCCGGUACCAUGAAGAUCAGGCGAAACACUUAAAUUACCAACAUAUAAACAACAUGGCAAUUUUGUAUAGUCUCCACAUUUACAGACAUGUGACAGAAGUACUGCACCAUCUUACUUGAAGGUGAACAAUAGCCGUAUUUCUUAGGUUUUUCGAUUGGCAUUUUAUUGAAACAUGGUUUUGUUAACUCAGUAUCUUUACAACAGCUUUAAUGACCAGUGCUUUUGCCCUAUUUUGUUAGUAUUAACCUUUAGUAGGAUAGCCACGUGAUCUCAAUAUGGCCGCCACCCUUUAUAGGUAUAGACUGCUAAAGGUUGAUUUACCUUUUGGGGGCUAUGCUGCCUCAGGCUCUAAAGAUAUAUUGAAUUAGAUCAUUUCUGGUAACAGUGGCAACAGUAGCGAUCCUUUGCCACUGUUGCCUAAAAUACCAUUAGGUAUUGGUAAAUGUGUUAUCCAAUAUGCUUUAUAUAAUGCAUGGAGUGUUAUUGGGGUUAGUCGUAGUUAGUAGUGUAUUAUUAAUGCGACGUUUAAAUGUUGCAGUAAAGCAUUAUAAUGAAAUAUUGAUGAAUUGCGAAGUGACGUAUACUCGAUUUCGACGUCUUAUUCUAAAAAUACCAAGGACUGAUAUUUGUUCUGAUCUUACUCUAAGUAUAAUGGCACAUUUUCCUAAUUGUAAGCACAUUGAGCAUUAAUGCAUGAGGCAUAGAUUUAUGCAAGGUGUCUUUUACUCCAUCGAGAUACGAAGUUUUGGUGAUUUACGAAUUUUAUGUCAUUUAAUUAGUAUUUGUUUGCUUUAAAAAGUGAGCGUAUGUUGUGAAGAUUUGGAAUUUGAGGACGAAUUAUUUUUAAGAAAGGGUAGUUGCAAGUAAUAAUUAAAGAGGAAUUAAACGAGUAAAUGGAUAGGGAGUUAUUGAGUGUAAGUAAAUUUAUUGUAAGAGUCAUCAAAUGUUAAAAUUGUUUUCGUGGUAGAAAAAGAUGGAACAUGUCAAAGUCACAAAUAGUUUGAUUUGGUUAGUUAAUUUCUCAAUAGAGUUUCUGUUACUUGUUAAAUACAUGCAGACUAGGGUUAGAUAUGGUAAAAGAUGAGUUAUUCAAAUAAUAUUUCAAGUCUUUUAAAUUGACAACAAGUCUCUUAGAAAACACCUUAUUAGGGAAUGUUAAAUGGAGGGAUACAACAGAAUGGAAAUGUCCUUGUUAUCACGCAAAUAUAGUGGGUACAAAACAGGUAAAUGCCCGAUUAGCGCGGAGAAAUUGAGUAAAAAAAACUUGUGAAAUU